AUGUUGGCUGUUUCUAUUCUGCUGCUCUGCAUACAUGCGCUCUUAAUUCAGAACAUUUCUGCAGCUUGUUGGGGUAACGCGGUAAACUCUGCUUGGUCUGGCUGGGGUGAAGGUUUAGGAUGGGGGGGUCCUGGUCUGCCUGCUGAUGUACCGGUCAUUGAAACCGGUGCUGCUCCAUCUGCUGCCAGAGCUCCGUUUCUUGGCGCUGGUUGGGCUACCUACGGACCCGGCGCUGUUGCUGCUUCUAAUGGUGGAGGCUUUGCAGUCUCUAGCGCCUCUCCUAUCGCCCCCGUAGGAGUCUCAGUAGCCUCUGAUAAUGCAAUUGAAGGAAUUCUUGGUGUCGGAGGAGAAAUUCCCUUCAUAGGCACUGUGGGAUUGGAAAGCGCCAUGCCCACCGCCGGUGCAGGCACAGUGACUUACGGCUGCGGCAAUGGUGCUGUCGGCAUGGUGACCGAGGAUAUUGCCCCCAUGGCAAUGGGUUUUCCAUUUGCAGCACCUGGACUGGGCUACGGACCCGGUUGGAAUGGUGCAUAUGGUUGGGCCGGUACCGGUUCUAGACCCUUUGGUUGCGGGUGCGGACGAACAAUUGAAAUUUCCAUU